GAUAAUGUUACUUUUCACUUUUGCUGCCAUAUCGGCAGUUCUUCUGUCGCCCGCCUACGCUAAAAAACCUGUAGAUUUCCAAACUAUGCAGAUCAACUACGCCCCCGACCACGCCCUCGACAUAAAGGAGGGAGAAACCCAGAUUUUCAGGGCUCCACUCUGCAAAGGGGGACUGCUGAACGGCUGGUCCUUCAAAGCGAAGGUGUACAUGAUGAACGAACCUUGGGAUUCUGCAGAGAUAGGAGAUGCCAACUGGCUCCAUAUCCAAGUCUCUAAUGGGCCCAACUUUACAAAGAUCGUCCGAGAUAACGCACAGGAAGCUAAAAAAGCCGGUUUUGACCCGAAACCUGAUACUUCUCCGUUCACUUACAACAGUGCAACAUGGGGUUCGGACGACAUAUACAUACAGAUAACAGCAAGUCAUGGGACCCCGACCUUCCAAUACGGUUUGGAACUGGCAGCCAACGAGGCUCAGUUUAAUCUUAACAUCCCCGACGGCAUGGACAGUGCGGAGAUAGUCUCGGAGAGCGCUGCUACUAGAGGGUGUGGUAUUCAGACCCUGGAACAGGUUGCUAUCCCCCUCACCGCCCAACUUACCUCAGGAGACACCGGUCAGUACAAGAUCCCCUUCUGUUUCGAGGACACCUACGACCAGAGAUCCCUGUCCCUGACCACCCUGGUCCCUGAAACAGUACAGGAGGCUCCAGGUGGUGUUGCGUCCUUCCUCUGCACUGACACCAUGAUGAACAAUGAUAUAUGCUACAGAGCUGUGGUCACAAACCGUGGUACGAUGUUCUACGACUCCUCCGGUGCUAAAGUGAACGCAGUUAUUCCAACCAUCCCUAAAGCAGAGUACGGACCUGUCUACCUGCUUGUCCUUGCUCAGGGUAACUAUCACGACAAGGUUGAGUUCACCAUCACAACCAAGCUGAGAAAUCCAUCUGGAGACGAACUUAAACUUAGCGGCCACUCUGAGAAGGACUUACACAGUGUGUUGACCUACCUGAAGAGCAGCUACCAGAACAAACCUGCUCCUCUUGAUCACGCAUUUCAGCCUGAAGAAAUGAAAGAGGAGCUGUAAGAGAAGAUCAGAAGAAGGAGAAAAAGGAGCUGUUGAAGGAUCAGCUCAAACAGGAGCUGUAAAUCAUUUGUCAUUGAGUGUUACUGAGUGUUAUAUACAUUAGUUUAGCGCUUUUUGUUAAACUUAGAGAUGAUUACUGGGCGGCGCUCUGCCUGUCACUCCGCCAUCACUUGGAUCGUUUAUCAAGCUUAAGCCAAUAAGCCUGAGGUCCCUAGGUAAAUAGAUAUGGAUUC